CGCGCGCUGGUUAAAAAGAGGGAGGAAAGAGCACGGGAAAACAUGUGAGCGGUCUGAGGACUUUAGUGAGAAACAACUUUUAUGUCUUCUAUGUGGUUUUUUUUGACCCCGUGCAUGCACAGACCUUCGUGUUGUGCGUAAAAGGAUUUACAUCGGAAGGAACUCUGCAGUUGGGGUUUUGAGUUUUUGGUUUCAUCAGGAUAAAUUAUUAUUGUUUUGCUUUUAUUUUUAUUUUAUUCUGUGUUUUAAAAUACCGGUGAAGCAACAGCAGCAACCAUUUAUUUUUAAACUGCUUUCUUUAAAACAGAGUCAAAAUUCGGACACCUGUUCUGACCAACAGGAUAUUUUUAUAUUUUCUGUUAGAAACUGACUUCUGCUGGUUGAGAAACAGAACUCAAAAUAAAUAACAUAGUCUGCAUUGCAGUCUUACCCACACCUAUUUUAGAAAAACGGGACCUCAUCUUUAUUUUUUUAUAUUCACUUGUUUCAUUUUUAUUUUCAUAUUUUCGUCCGUUUUCAGGCUCUUUUUUUCUCAUUCUAAACAAUGAAGCAUUUGCAAGUCGUUCUCGUCCUGUCCAUUGCGGUCAGCGUGUGGGAAUGUGGGGACGCCAAAUUCGGCGAAAGAGGAGAGAUUAGCCCCAGGAGAAGAAGAUGUUACGACGGAAGCUUGCCCAAGCGGCUGAAGAAAAGGGAGCGAAAAGUCCUGCUGGACGGCAGCAACAGCGGAGAAGUUUGCCACAGGUUGUACCCGCGCGUCUCCUGCUGUCCCACCAGGAGAGCCGCCUACCAGAUCCUGCACCGCAGGGAUGCCAGGAUCUUCUCCACCAACAACACCGACUGCGGACGUCUCCUGGAGGAGAUCAAGUGUGCACGCUGCUCCCCCAAUGCCCAGGUGUUGUUCCACUCCCUGGAUAUGGAUAAGGUGCCACACAGGGAGCCAGACCUGCCGAGGCUCUGCCUGGACUUCUGCCGCGAGUUCUACUACACCUGCAGGGGGCACAUACCAGAACUGUUCCAGGCCGACGUGGAUGAGUUCUGCCAAUACUACGGGAGGAGAGAUGCCAGCAUGUGCUUUCCAGAUUUUCCACGAAAGCAACUGCAUGGGCAAGAUUCCAACUUCUUGGAAGACGAGAAAAGGAAACACAAACACAACUGCUACUGUGCCCAGGAGGUGUUGAGUGGUCUGCGGCAGCCGGUGGCCGUGGUGCACUGCGGGGAUGGAUCCCAGCGGCUCUUUGUCCUGGAGAGAGAGGGAAUUGUCAAGAUACUCAACCAUGACCUCGAGCUAAUCAAGGAGCCCUUCCUGGACAUACACAAGCUGGUGCAAAACGGCCUGAAGGGUGGAGAUGAAAGGGGCCUGCUAAGCUUGGCAUUCCACCCCAAUUACAAGAAGAAUGGCAAGCUCUACGUCUCCUACACCACCAACCAAGAGCGCUGGGCCAUCGGACCACACGACCACAUUCUCCGUGUGGUUGAAUACACCGUUUCGAGGAAAAACCCGAACCAGGUGGACACGCGGACCGUCCGGGUGCUGAUGGAAGUGGCCGAGCUGCACAGGAAGCACCUGGGUGGUCAACUUCUGUUCAGCCCCGAUGGUCUGUUGCACAUCGUACUGGGAGAUGGCAUGAUCACCCUGGACGAUAUGGAGGAAAUGGAUGGGCUCAGUGAUUUCACAGGGUCCGUCCUGAGGGUAGAUGUGGACACAGACUGCUGUACAUCACCUUAUUCCAUACCGCAGGUCAAUCCCUACUUCAACAGCACCAACCAGCCCCCUGAAAUCUUUGCUCAUGGAUUACAUGACCCAGGCAGAUGUGCAGUGGAUCGGCUUCAGACGGACAACGGGAGUCUCCUGAUGAUUUGUACGGAUGCCAGCGGCAGAAACGCGUCAGCGGGAAGAAUUCUGGAGAUCACUAAGGGGAAAGAUUACGAAAACGAGCCGUCCGCCUACGACCUGCACGCCAGUGGAGGAGCCCCACCUGUGGGGGGCUUCAUCUACAGAGGCUGCCAGUCCAGAAGACUUUAUGGCAGCUACGUGUUUGGAGACAAAAACGGUAACCUGCGGAUCCUCCAGAAGUCUCCGUUGUCUAUAUCAGCUGGUGGUGAACAGUGGCAGGAGAAAGCUCUGUGUCUGGGCUCGGCCGGCUCGUGUGGCUACAUGCUUGUGGGACACAUCCUGGGCUUCGGGGAGGAUGAACUAGGUGAAGUCUACAUGCUGGCAAGCAGUAAAAUCAUGGUGCAGUCAAACAGUGGGAAACUCUACAAGCUGGUUGAUCCUAAAAGGCCUCACGCCCCGAAGGAGUGCCAGCGUCAGGUGGAGCCUCCGGAGCUGCUGAUGACAGCUUGCUCCAGACACUGCAAGAACGGACACUGCACCCCGACUGGCAAGUGCUGCUGCAGCCUCGGCUGGGAGGGACCCUUCUGCAGAGUUGCCAAGUGCGAACCAGCCUGCCGCAACGGAGGCGUGUGUAUCGAGCCCAACAUGUGCAUGUGCAAGAGCGGUUACUCCGGGGCCCAGUGUGAGCAGAGCGAGCAGGGCAUGCCCAACGACCAGGAGAAGGACGGCAUCCUCGACCACAUCAUUGACAUGACCUCGUACCUCCUGGACCUGACCAGCUAUAUCGUAUAGGGGUGUGGAGAGGGAGGGGGGACGAGGGGAGGGCGAGGGCGGGGGGGGGGGGGGGGCUGUUCCCCCGCUGUCGUCUUCAAGCUGACAUAAAUCUACCUAUCGCCACCAGCAGACUCUUUAACGAGGUGUCCUUAAAUACGGCCUCUUAAUCUCCCUCACACCAACACACAGGCAUGUCCACACACACACACACACACACACACACACAUGCACACACAGGAUCCCCAUCAGACCGCUUCACGCCCUCGUCUUCACCACCGUACCAGGCUCUCUCCUCUUUUGCCGAUAAGCUACAUGCUCUUGAGCACCAGGCCUGGCAUCCAAGCCGUGCUCCCCCGAUGACGAGAGACCCGCGGACAGCGGGGGGAGGUGAUCACUAGGCGCGGCCGAGCUAUGGGAGGUCCGCUGUGACGUGUCCCGUCCCGUUUCCGAGAGGGCUCCACUCGCGGGCUGACUCCGCAGGAACAGACCAUUUAAACCCAAGACUUUGGAUCUCUUCGGGGGGGUGGGGGGCGCAUCUGUUGCUUUAUCAAGGCACCACGGAAAAUGGAGCUUGAGGCCUUUUUUUCGGUGGAGACGGGUUGAUUGUUUCGGGGUGGGUUCUUUAAGGAUUCAAAAUUGUAAAGAGCGGCGUGGUCCAAUUCAUGUUUAUGGUCCAUUCAAAAGAUAAUUGUCCACAUGCAUAGACUUUGAUGGAACACUCUGCACCUCCGGAAGACAGUCGUUGUUCCUGUGGAGCCCGCAGUGCUUUGUGCUAUGCUAUCCUAAAGGCACUAAUGCAGGAGAGAUGAACCAUGUCGUCUCACUUAAGAUGUUGUAUUUGGUUUGUGGGCACAUUGUCAUAAAAAAAAAGCUAUAACGGUAUACAGUGUGUAUACAUUUUUCACUUGCUAUCAAUGUACAGAAUGGAUCUACAACAGAGGACCGUCACCUACACAGAAAUAGGACUAAGUGAGAAUGUUUUGUCAAAGCCAGUUUCAUACGAUCUGAACAGAGUUUUCUGGCUCUCAUGCACUGUAUUCAUUUUUUUGUUUCAUUCACUUUAUUAUUCAAAAUGAAUUAAAACAUUUAUUAAAAGCGCAAUGAGAGUAGUUUAACAUUCACGUGUUCACACCACACUCUCACAGUUAUCAGUUAUCGCUCCUUUCAUGGCGUCGCACACUGAAAUUGAACCCGAACUCAAAACUACAAAGGGAAAAGAUAGCGCAGUGAUGUAUAUUUCCAAUAGAGCUUACCUAAGUACUACUUAGCAUUGCAAAAAAAAAAAAAAAAAUCUAUAGCAUUACUAUUGUUUUCAUAGAGGAGGGUUUAUUUUUUUAAGCGUAAUAAUAUAUGGGAGAGAAUGGUGUUUAUAGAAAGCAGUUUUACACUAAGCCUGUCAGUUCAUGUCAUGUUCUUGUACUUAUACAUAUGCAGCUCUUGCCUCUGUUAAGAAAGACGAUUCAGGACAAGUAUUUUUUUUUCUCCCCCCCCCCACCCCCCCCGAUGUAAAAGUAAUGCAUGCGUGUGCCUGCAGAGAGUAAUGCAGAGCAGUUGGUUGAGUCCAUCUAAUUCAUCUGGUUUCACUACCGCUGUCAGAAAUGUGUCUCUGUUGUCAGAUGAUCAAACGUCUCAUCGGGGCCACCAGGUCGUUGUGAAAGCAGUUCAGUCAGAUCUUCUCUGUAGAGGGCAGAUUUCAGAUUAAACUAAUGAUCCGUCUCGCGGAGAUAGCAUCGAUUGAACGUCUCAUGAACAUCUGACUCGUGGUCGGAGAACCGCUGAGCACAGGCGGGGACGGUCUGGAGCCACGUUGAGGCGUCUUUUCAGACGUAUUCUGGAUGAACUCCACCUUUUUGUGAUUUUGUGUCAUUCUAAUUCAAAAUGGGAGUCUUGACAGAACCAUCAGUUUUCUCUCUCCACAAUUUUCAUUUUGAAAAAAACGAGUAUCGCAAUUGAUUGAAGUUACUUGUCAGUUCAAGAUGUAUUUUUUCCUCAUCUCCCGCCUCGCUUGUGUUUGCUGAAUUAAACCAACUACCUGGUCAAAAUGGAAUUCAUGCUGUAAAAUGGAAAAUUAUAAUUUCUUUUAGCACUUAAUGUGAAAGUUGCAUUGUAGCUGCUGAGAUGGCGUGGUGUGAAUAGAAUAACCAUUUUCAUUAUUUAAGUAGUUACACAAAUAAAAUAAUUAUUUAAGUUCUUCUAUGUUGUUUUUACCAUUGUACUGUAUGUGACAUUUUUUUUGUAUUCCUGUAUUGUAAAUAAAACCAGGGAUAACUUUGUUUCUCUACAGAAAUAUCAAUAUGUCUAUUAAAAUUUAUAGCAUGUCUGAAA